AUGAAUCGACUAUUCGGCGCAAAGAACAACACACCUAAGCCGACCCUAAACAGUGCUAUUGCCAAUGUGGACACACGGAUAGAAUCAAUCGACGUCAAACUCGCCAAACUCACGUCAGAACUCACAACAUACCAACAACGCCUAUCACGAAUGCGAGAUGGACCCGGCAAGAAUGCAAUCAAGCAGAAAGCAAUUAAGAUCCUGCAACAACGGAAGAUGUACGAAUCACAGAAGGACCAGCUGCAGCAGCAGAGCUGGAACAUGGAGCAGGCAGGCAUGAUGCAGGAUAACCUGAAGAACACAAUGGCUACGGUCGAUGCGAUGAAGACGACGCAAAAGGAACUGAAGAAACAGUAUGGGAAGGUGGAUAUAGACAAGAUUGAUCGGCUGCAGGACGAAAUGGCCGAGUUGAUGGAAGUGGGGAAUGAUAUUCAGGAGAGCAUAUCGAGGAGCUAUGAUGUACCGGAGGAUGUUGAUGAGGCGGAAUUGGACGCUGAGCUGGAGGCACUAGGUGAUGAGGUGGAUCUGGGAGCAGAGGGUAUUGGAGAGGGAGAGAUGCCGAGUUAUCUUUCUGAGAGUGCGCCGCCUACUUUUAUCGACGAGGCCCCAGUGCCCAAAGAGCAGCAGGCUGCUACGUAA